AUGGGUAGCAGCUCCGAAGUCUCAGACUUGUCUGAGAUCAGGAAGUUUGCUGCCGGUUCCUACAGAAACCUCUUUAAGAGUGAUUGGACGCAUAAUCCAGAUGUGCACAACAACUUCCUGGCGGGUCUCCCUCAGGUCAGCGAGGUUGACAACAGCAGACUGGCAGCAGAGGUGACGCUGCAGGAGCUCCAUGCAGCCACCAUGAGCCUUCAGAGCGGUAGAACUCCAGGCAUGGAUGGCCUUCCUGCUGACUUUUAUAAGUCCUUCUGGUCCAUAAUAGGACCAGACCUGCAAGAGGUCUUAAAAGACAGUUUAAAGACUGGCAGGCUGCCUCUGAGCUGCAGGAGGGCCAUCAUCACCCUGCUGCCCAAGAAGGGAGACCUGCAGGAGCCGAAAAACUGGAGGCCAGUCUCCUUGCUGUGCAUGGAUUAUAAAAUCCUGUCCAAGGCUCUGGCCCUCAGACUGAGGGAGGUGAUGAUGUCAAUCAUCCACCCUGACCAGACCUACUGUGUGCCUGGCAGGCUCAUCAGUGACAAUGUCACUUUUUAUCGAGAUGUUUUGUAGCUCUCCAGUUCAUUGGGUAUAGGGACUGGUCUUAUUUCCACAGACCAGAAAAAGACUUUUGAACACCAGUACCUAUGGCAGACUCUGGCUGCCUUUGUGUUCAACCCUGGGUUCAUAGCCAUGGUCCGGGUUUUCUAUCAUUGUGAGUGUUCUGAAAAUUAAUGGCGGGCUGAGUGCACCAUUUGGGAUCUAGAGAGGGGUGAGGCAGGGCUGCUCUCUCUCUGGGAUGUUGUAUUCAGUUGCCAUCAAGCCUCUGCUUCACAAGCUGCAAGAGAAACCGAGUGGUGUGCGUUUCCCCCAGUGCCCUGUGUCUUUUAAACUGUCUAUAUACGCUGAUGAUCUUGUUGUUUUUGUCAAAACACAAAGAGACAGACCUUUUAACUGACACUGUGAAUGAUUUUGGUUUUAUUUCCUCAGCAAAGGUGAACUGGGGGAAAAGCAAGGCUCUGAUGGCUGGAAAGGAGCUGGGGGGCCAGCUCCGGUACCUUGGGGUCUUCCUAAUAGAUGAGACCUACACACAGAAAAACUUGGACAAUGUCCUGGAGCAGGUUAAAGGUCAGCUGGAGAAGUGGAGGUGGCUGCUUUCUAAAAUGUCGUACAGAGGCCGAACCUUAAUCUCAAAUAAUCUGGUCUCAUCUUCCCUGUGGCACCGGCUGGCCUGUGUCAAUCUUCCGGCUUCUCUCCUUUCCAAGAUUCAGUCGGUUUUAGUUGAUUUUAUUUGGGACAGACUCCACUGGGUCCCACAGAGUGUCCUGUUUUUACAGAAAGAGGAGGGGGGCCAGGGCCUGGUCCACCUGGCCAGCAGUGGCCCGAAGGACACUCUGUGGAGGCCCCUGUCCCACUGCAUUCUGCAGGGUUAAAACAGCCUGGGUCAGGAUUUUAAUCUGUUUUUAAUACACACAGAACAUGAGCACAUCUUCUCUCCCUGCUUUUUAUCAGUGUUUUUAAGGUUUGGAGCCUGCUGAGGAAGGAGAGGAGGGGCCAGGUGGACUCAAUACACUGGCUCCUGCAGGAACCAGUCCUGAAGGGGGCCUGUUUGGACCUUCCCAGCUGGGCAGGUCAGAGUCUUGGAGAAAAGACUACAGACGGUGGGGAUCAUCACUCUGGGGCAGGUGGUGGAGCUGACGGGACCCUGGAUGGACGACUCCUCUGGACUCGCUGCCCGGCUGGGACUUUCAUCAAUGAGGGUCACACAAAAACUCUUGGAGCACUCGAAACAGAGACUCACAGGACAAGACCGCCGGCUUUUAAACUCCCGUUUUAA